AUGGCGCAAGAAGUGAGGUGGGGCGUGUUGGGUACUGCCCAAAUCGCCAAAGUGUUCGUCCAGACGGUCAAGAAGGCCGAGGGGUCGUCCAUCGUUGCCGUCGCCAGCCGCUCCCUCGAACGCGCCCAGGAAUGGGGCAAGGAGCAGGGGAUCGCCAAGGCCUACGGCAGCUACGAGGAGCUGUUGCGUGACCCCGACGUUGACGCCGUCUACAUCCCCACGCCGACCCACCUCCACGAGUCCCUCACCAUCGCCGCCGCCCAGCACAAGAAGCACGUGCUGUGCGAAAAGCCGCUGGGUUGCGAUGUGGCGCAAGUCAAGAGGAUGAUCGCCGCCUGCAAGGAGAACAACGUUCAGCUGAUGGACGGCGUGAUGUGGACCCACCACCGCCGCACGGAGGCCAUGAAGGAGCACAUUGCCAAGCUGGGCAAGAUCAACCGAGUGAUCACGUGCCUCUCCAUCGACAACGUGCCUACCGACAACAUCCGCAUGAAUGUGGAGCUUGAGCCUCUGGGUGCGCUGGGCGAUCUCGGGUGGUACAAUGUGCGCGCGCUGCAGAUGGUCUACGGCGAGACCACCCUCCCCGAACGGGUCUGGGCCUCGACCAAGCUCAACGACAGCGGCGUGAUCGUGGACUUCACCGCGGUCCUGUUCUACCCGGGUGGCAGCACCGCUUCGUUCGACUGCUCCUUCAACCAUUGCGGCUGGCGGCAGUGGCUCGAGGUCAACGGCACCGAGGGCUCGCUCCGCUGCGAGGACCUGAACUACGACGAGCGAUCCCGCUUCAGCGUCACCUCCGCCAAGCGGCCGUGGGAGAAGUCCGACGUCGAAGUCGAGCCCUGUCUCGCGGAGGUGGAGCUGGUGAAUGCGUUCAACGCGAUCGUGCGCUCGGGCGAGCUGCAGCAGCGAUGGGUCGACAUCACCCUCCACAACCAGAUCAUCGUCGACGCCCUGCGCACCGCAGCCCAGACCGAGGAGGUGGUCCACCUGCCGCAGUUCCUCCAGCAGCACGGCCUCUGA